CAACACCGCCAACAUGGCAACACCUCUGCUUCCUUUCCGUUCCACGUUUUAUUUAUUCCCAUCGUCACAAACCUCUGCAUCGCCAAAGCAGGAAAAAGGGGAAGAACCCAGUAAAAAGAAAAAAAAGAAAAAAAGAAAAAAGAAAAAACACACGCAGAAUUCUCGUCUCUUCUCUUUCUCAGAGUAUUUUGGGGGGAGACUCGGUUGCUGGACGUGGCCAACGAAGCAACCCCGUUUACGGAGCUCAAAAAGGCCUGGAGAGAUUGGGCUUCCGAUAGCGCUGCCGGAAUCUAUUUGUUUUUUCUUCGUCGUGCUUGUUCAUCGUCUAGGGUUACGCUGUUUUUCAAUUACUGGCCUUGAGUUGGCGUUGUACUCUGUUCGAUGGUCAUUUAAUUAUGAAACAAGUCAAUUUUGGAGCUAGCUAGAUUUGCAUAUACUUUUUUUAUUUUUUAUUAUUGUUAUGGUUCUAAAUUCCAAUUUGUUUGUGUUUUGGACUUUGUUUCCACCCAGUACUGUAAAAUCAACGAUUAUAUCAUUUUUGUAAUGUUUUCCAGAUUUUAUGUUUUUAUUUGAUUUUCAAUGGGAAAAAAAGAGAGAGUGAACAAAAAAGUCUGAGAUAUUAUCUAUAAUUUGCUGAUAGCAUCCACAUAUUGUCAAAAAAUGGAAUCAAGAUAAUAAAACCAGUGGCAGUUUAUAUAUAUAAAUGGAGCGCUCUGGAUUGAUGAAUCGGAAUAAUGGGCAACGGUUUGGCAUCACAGAACCAAUUUCGUUAGGUGGACCGACUGAGUCCGAUGUGAUCAAGACCCGUGAACUUGAAAAGUAUCUGCGAGACGCUGGAUUGUAUGAGAGUCCGGAAGAAGCUGUCAGUAGGGAGGAAGUGCUUGGAAGGCUUGACCAGAUUGUAAAGAUUUGGGUCAAAGCAAUCAGUCGUUCUAAGGGGUUGAAUGAGCAACUCGUGCAAGAAGCAAACGCCAAGAUUUUCACCUUUGGUUCCUAUCGGCUAGGGGUGCAUGGCCCUGGUGCAGAUAUAGACACGCUUUGUGUGGGACCAAGACAUGCUACAAGAGACGAAGAUUUCUUUGGUGAGCUAUUUAGAAUGCUCUCUGAGAUGCCUGAAGUAAUGGAGUUGCACCCCGUGCCUGAUGCUUAUGUUCCAGUAAUGAAAUUUAAGUUCAAUGGCGUUUCCAUUGACCUUCUGUAUGCAAAAUUGUCACUCUGGGUUAUUCCUGAAGACCUAGAUAUCUCGCAGGACUCAAUACUACAGAAUGCAGAUGAACAGACAGUUCGUAGUCUCAAUGGUUGUAGGGUCACUGACCAGAUUUUGCGUUUGGUUCCAAAUAUUCAGAAUUUCCGCACAACUUUGAGGUGCAUGAGGUUAUGGGCAAAGCGUCGUGGUGUUUACUCAAAUGUUGCAGGGUUUCUAGGUGGUAUAAACUGGGCAUUGCUGGUUGCUCGCAUAUGCCAGCUAUAUCCCAAUGCGCUGCCCAAUAUGUUAGUGUCUCGAUUCUUCAGGGUCUAUACUCAGUGGCAUUGGCCAAACCCAGUAAUGCUCUGUGCAAUUGAAGAGGGAUCUCUUGGACUUCAAGUUUGGGAUCCUAGAAGGAAUCCCAAAGACAGGUCCCAUUUGAUGCCUAUAAUAACUCCUGCUUACCCGUGCAUGAACUCUAGCUACAAUGUGUCGUCAAGUACUUUGCGUAUUAUGUCAGAGGAGUUCAAGAGGGGUAGCGAGAUAUGUGAGGCUAUGGAGGUAAGCAAGGCAGAUUGGGAUACACUUUUCGAGCCUUAUGCAUUCUUUGAAGCAUAUAAGAAUUAUCUGCAAACAGACAUCACUGCAGAAAAUGCUGAUGAUUUAAGAAAAUGGAAAGGCUGGGUUGAGUCUCGCCUUCGCCAGCUAACAUUGAAGAUUGAGAAACAUACCUAUUACAUGCUUCAGUGCCACCCACACCCAGGGGAUUUUUCAGACAGAUCUAGAGCUUUCCAUUGUUGUUACUUCAUGGGUUUGCAGCGAAAACAAGGAGUUCCAGUGAAUGAAGGUGAACAGUUUGAUAUGAGGUUUACUGUCAAGGAAUUUAAACACAAUGUGCUUAUGUACUCGUUGUGGAAGGCGGGGAUGGAGAUCAGUGUAUCUCAUGUAAAACGCAGGAAUAUACCCAACUUCGUAUUUCCUGGUGGUAUUCGACCUUCCCGCCCAUCUAAAGUAACUUGGGAGAGUAGGAGGAGUUCAGAACUGAAAGUUUCUGGUCAUGCUCAAGAUAAUUCUGGUGUAGGUAAAGCAGUUUUGAAAGGAACAGAUAAUGAAAGAAAGAGAAAGCACGUGGAUGAUAGUUUAGAGACUAACCUGAGAAACACAAAGUGCUUAGCUACAGUGCCUCCAUCUACAGAGGAGUGUUGCCCUUCUGUCAGUGCUAUCAGCUCAUCUUCUAUUAAAGAUGACAAAAUGGAUACCCACAGGGUAGAGGAAUCCGGAAAAGAGAAGUCUGAGAAUGAUAUACCAGACAGCUUGGGAAAUAUAACAAAUGUAGUGGAGGUUUCUUCUCAGAAUGGUCAACCUAAUGUAUCAGUGAGAUGCAAUUCACCUAACAAAAACCCUCCUGCUGAUGAUGCAGCAAGCUCUAGAGAAACAGAGAAGUUGGCAAUUGAGAAGAUUUUGUCUGGUCCAUAUGGAGCCCACCAAGCUGUCCCAGAAGAACUUGAUGAGCUCAAAUAUGAUUUUGAAUAUAGAAAUCAAGAUAAAGAUAUUAGAGAAAAGUUGAAAGGUGGCCAUUUGGAGUCUUUAACAGAAAAUACAGCAGUUUCAGUGCCAGUAACCUCUAGCAAUGGAUCUGCUUCUUCCUGCGGUUUAUAUUCCAAUGGGAACUUAGAGGAGCUUGAGCCCACCGAACUUGUGGCGCCAUUGUUAAAUAUGACUCCAGCACCUGUGGUACAAGGGAAGCCACUAAUCAGGUUGAGCUUCACAUCCUUGGCAAAAUUUACUGACAAAAGCUUAUAAAAGGGAUAUUGAGUGUUGCCCGGAGCUAAGGGGGCGUGACAUUGUUGUCAGAAUGUUUGAUGUAUAUAAAGAGAAUAUGUAAUGGUAAUUACUUACUCAAAUGUUGAGUGAAUGAAGUCACCUUUUACUAUUAUACAUGAGAGUCUCACCAGUUCCAGGGAGUAAAAACACUUUGAAUUUUUUAAAGCCUACUUGGCUGAGAAGCGUAUGAUUUAUUGCCCAUUAUCAUC